UCGAAAACUGUCGAUUUGGGGUUUUUUAAACAUAAAUAAAUGCAUAUUAGGCUCGUGGACGAGCUUAAGCGGCUCUAUGGGAUCGUGGCCAGAAUCUGGCUAUUUAUCAGAAGGUACAAGGCUAUUAUUAUCCUAGCAGUGUUCUUGGCCUACAGAAUAUAUACUUUUAAGCCAGAUCCAAGCAAGCGGAACGCAUCUUUGCCGGGAUGGAGCCGUGAUGCGCCCAGAAGUAUAGCCGAUUACUUGGAUCCAACCAAGGACACGGCGCUCGUUGUUCCGCAAGAUUUCUGUCGGAGCAAGGCCUUGCUGACAAUAGCAGUAUGCUCGUAUGUGCACCACUUUGAACGGCGACGAGCCAUCCGCAUGCUUUGGGGAAACUCCACCGACUUCAACUACUCUGUCUUUGUAAAGCUGCAUGGUCACCUCAAAGGACGAUACCAGGAUGUGCUGCCCGAGCGUCUGAAACUGUAUAGCGAGUAUCUCAGUGGUGAGGGUGAUUCACUAAAGGCCUCCAUACGGAUCGUCUUCAUUCUGGGCCGCAGGAACUUGGCUUCACUGCUUGAGAAUGAGGCGGUGGCCAGCGAGGCGGAGAAGUAUAAUGAUGUUAUCCAGGAGAACUUCAUUGACACCUACAACAACUUGACCAUCAAGGCUGUGAUGGCGCUAAAGCACAUCACCCAGAGUUGUCUAAACACAACUGCGUUCUACUUCAAGUGCGACGACGACACCUUCGUCAAUGUGCCCAACAUACUGCACUUCCUACUCGGAGGAACGAUUCCUGUGAACGUGGUUACGGCAGGGUUCCAUUACGGCAACACAUACGAGGUCACAUCGCCGCGAAAACGAUUGACGGCUCGCAGGGAGAUGAUGUACGGACGCCAGCACUGCAAUGUUUCGCCAGUAACCAAUAAGUUGAAGAAAUGGUACAUGCCAGCGUACAUGUUCCGGGGUGGAGUGUAUCCCAGGUACCUGUGCGGAUCCGGCUACUUGCUGUCCAUUGAUGUGGUGCCACGUCUGUACAAAGCGUCGCUGGGCACUAGAAUCGUGCACUUGGAAGACAUGUUCGUCACCGGACUGUGUGCAGAGAAGGCUGGCAUCAAGCGAACGAACCACCCGCUCUUCAGGUCCAGCUAUCCCUAUGAGGGGGAUGAAGAGUGCGCCCUCAAGGGAUCCUUCACCGUUCACCGUGCAAAGGAUUAUGUCAUGUGGGAGGCCUGGUACCGAGUCACCAACUUCAGCAACAAGUGCCCUCCACCAAAAAAGGACUUCCACCUGCGCCUGCCCAAGAUGCAAAGGUGCUAGAUGUCACAGAAGGCAAUCAUAUAUAUAUAUUCAUUAAUUUUAAUCAUUAGAUGGAUAAAAAACUAGUCUCCUUUUUGUAUUUCUUCAAAUUUGAAUAAUUUCUUGUUAAAAUACAAUUCUAAUUAUGAGAACACUACGCCGACUGCGAUUGCAGGGAAGUACCCGAAAUACCUAUUCGGAACCGGAUAUCUAAUGUCCAUCGAUGUGGUUCGGCGGUUGUACGCGGAAGCCCUUAACACAUUUCUCAUCCAUCUGGAGGAUGUCUUCGUCACUGGCAUCUGUACGGAGAAA